AUGCCGCAAAAGUUGAAUGAGGAGCAUCGCAAUCGGUUACGGGAGGUUUUGACUAGUAAUCCGAAAGCCACGAAUAAGAAGUCGCUUGAGACGAUUGGGUAUGCGGUGCAGAAACGGACUAUGCAGCGUGUGGUUCAGGAGUUGAAGGUUGAGAAGAAGAAGGAGCAGAAAGGGCAGCAGAAGAAACCGGCUGAGUCUGAGUCGGCCCCAGCAUCUCCAUGUACAUCUAUACCUACAAGCGAGCCAGCGUCUAUAAAUCCAGUUCAUACAAAUGAUCCAGCUCCUACAAGUGGUCCGGGGCCUACAGACAAUCCAGCACCUGUAGUAGAUCUGGUGACAUGA